AAUUCGAUCGUCUUUUGUUUGGAAUCACACGAAGCGGCCGGAAAGAUUUCUGGCAAAUCAUACCUAACGAACUCUUCCUCACUCUCACUGGAACCUCUCUUUGAGCACAACUUAGGAUCUGGUCUCUGUUUUCGCUGGGGAAAUCUGAUCUUACUCUGCUUUCUCUUUGUUCCACGACAUUCCCCGCCAUCUUGCAAUUGGAUGGCUGUCGUUCGAAACCCUGUUCCUUUCGAUCGAGACGUUGUUGACCGCUCCCCAUACUCAAGACGUCUACAACAAUUAUUUACGGUAUUCCCAUCACCAAUAACCAGUCUUUCAAAGGUACAGUUGGUCAAAUUUACUUGAAAAUCGCCUCCUUUCCGUCCGGCUAAUUGGUGAACCGCCAUUUUUCAGACGCGCGGGAAAGUUGAAGUUGGACAUAAGAAUGACGUCAUGCGUGUUUUGAUAGAUGGUGGAUUUUGAUUGGUUUGGCGCAGAAAUAUUGAGCCCGCAUACUGAAAUCGAAAGAGAAGCGAAUGAAAACAAAACACAAACCGUCCCGUGAUGGCCAUGGAGAGUGAUGGCGGAUUGUGGAUGGCGGGAAGAAUUAAGUUGAAACGUAUAUAAACUUAAGCCUGAGUAUUCACGCUUUUGACGAAAGUCGCCAUUUGUCAAAGGCGAAACGUACUUCAGUGGAUGGAAGAUAAACGUAACCCAGCUUCCAAUAAGGGAUACCUCCAGCAUGAAGUUCCCCAUCCACUCCCUGAGGACUGUCCUUGAUAAAUAUUCCUCGGGGAUACCUAUGGAAAUUUCAGAACCAGGCAUGAGUAUGACCAUCAUGGUGCUGAUGUCUCAGAUGUUUAAUAAACUGGACGCUCAGCAAUGUUUAAUUCGAGGCGAAAUUUCUAUCCGCGGCAUGAUGUUAAAAGGACAUAUCUUCAUCGAGGAGAAGAAUGGAAUCUGGCUUACUUGUUUAGACAAGUGUGACGAUGACGUCAGAUGUCAAAGCUUUAACUUUGUCAUCAGCCAAGGCAUAUGUGAGUUGAACAACCGCACCAAAGAAGCCAGACCUGAAGAUUUUGUUCCGGAAAGAGAUCGGUUCUAUAUUAAACGAUCCAGGGAAAGAGUUCCUCUUGGAUCCCUUGCCGAGUUGCCAGCUGAGUCGUGCGCCGAGAUCAGGGCGAGUGAAGGAGAAGAUGCAGUCAGCGGCAAUUGCUGGCGAGGUAGUUCUGGCUCGUUGUGAUAGGUCUAAACUAGGUAAUUGGACGUUCGGGGUAUUACAUUGAUUUAUUGCUUCCGCCUCUUCCCGUAAGUCUUUCCUCACUGCUAUAAAAUGCCUCAAAUUCCAGGCUGUUGUUAUGAUUACACGCUCUGGAUUUACAAAAUCAGAAACAUAUUUUUGUUGUUGCCGUUGCUUAUUUCGCAGUUAUUUUUGCUGUGGGUUCUGUCGAAUAUGACCGUUAUUAACUUUCUACCUUAUCCUAUUAAAAACAAACAUCGAUGACUGUGCAAGUCAUCCCUGUAAGAACAACGGGACCUGUAUAGACCGAGUGAACGGAUUCGACUGCAGCUGUGCACCAGGAUUUAAUGGGACACAAUGUGAAACAGGUAACCGUAAUUGAUAACAUCACUAGCAAUGUUCACAAACGAUUGAGUCACAAACAAUUGAGUGUCACUAGAAAUGGGCAGACGAAGAGCAAUUCGUCUUUGACUAUUAUGGCCUAGGAAAAAACCAGGAGAGAAGUCUUUUUUCUAGUUGCGGGGAAACUUUUAUCUGUUUUAUUUUUCCAGCAGAAAUGUUUGAAUUCCUUCUUUCCAGCAUAUUUCCUUGUAGCAAUUAGACAGUGAGCAGAACACAUAACCCGAAGUUACACGUGUUAAACACACUUGAGGGUAAAGUCCCUGGGUUAUAACAGCACCUCUAGUAUGGGGGAGGAGGGGGAGGGGGUGACAGCAGCUAGAGAGGGUAUUACCCGGAUUGGUCUGGCUCCAGGACCUAACUUACACCUGCCGGGAAGGGGAAAUGAAACGAGGAAGUAUUUGCACGUUAAGACAAAAUUUAUUAUUACAACAACUUUAUUACAACCUUUAUUUACCUUGACGAAUGAACGGCUUUAAUGGAACACAAUGUGAAAUAGGCAAUCGCUGCAGAUAACAUCAGGUAAUAUCACGUACAAGUAAUAGGGCAGAAAUUGUCGACAGAUGGUAGAAUUGUGGGGUUAAUUUAAUUGACAAUUUUCUGUUAGCCAACCACACGAUUUCUCUAAUGGCGGAGCUCCGGCGGCCCAAUGGGCCGCCAAGCGGAGACCAUACUUAAAUAGGAAGGAAAAGGAUAUCCAUGACUUUAUUUUCUCAUGGUUAUCAUAGCUAGCGGUAUUGCGCGUGGGCGCCUACGCCCGACGACGACGAGGAUGGCGACGACGGCGGAGUCACGCAAGAUGGCGGCCAUACUCCAGCUAAUGGGUUUAGAGAGACAGGCAGCCUUGGUCCGUAUAGCGUACUUCUUUGGUAUUGGACAUCCAUUUCACGGUCAAUUAACAGCAGUCACAACAAGGUAUCCGCUGACCCGUAUCAGGUAAACAUAUCGCGGGCUCAAGUUUAAAGCUUAAGGAGAACACGUGUUUUUUGAAGUUGACCGCUGACCAAGUGCUUGUUUUUCGAUAAGAUCUAGGGUUCAUGUCAGGUCAACUUCUUGUAAUCAGGGCCGGGUUGUUCGGAAGCUAGUUAACGCUAACCCAGGAUUCAAAGUUUCUUUAAUGGCUUUAAUGGAACACAAUGGGAAACCGGUAAUCGCUGCAGAUAACAUCAGGUAACCUUACGUGCCAGUAAUAGGGCUGAAAUUUCGACAAUCGAUCAACAGAUGACGGCAUUGUGGAGUUAAUUCCACUGACAAUUUCCUGUUAGCCAGCCUCACGAUUACCGGCUAAUAGUGGAGCUCCGGAAGCGAAGACCAUGCUUAUAAAGGAAAGAAAAGGAAACCCAUGAUGAAUUGAUUUUCACAUGGUUAUCAUGGCUAGCGGUAUUGUUCGCGGGCGCAUUCGCACGACAAC